AUGGGGCUGCAGGUCUGGGCCCUGCUCCUGCUCCUCAGCCCAGGCUUUUCUGAGACUUUAAAAUUAUCUUAUUCUGAAGUAAUAGUUCCAAGAAAGCUGGAACCAAGAGAUGGAAUAGACACCAAGGAGAAGGUGUCUUAUCUAAUUAAAGUAGAAGGAAAUCUCCAUAUUGUUCACCUACUACAGAAGAAAAUGUUCAUAGCCCCAAAUUUCCCAGUUUUUACUUACAAUGAGAAGGGAGACUUGAUAACAGAUUAUCCAUAUAUACAGGAUGAUUGCUACUACUCUGGAUAUGUAGAGGAUGUCCCAGAAUCUGUUGCAGUUCUCAGCACCUGCUCUGGACUCUGGGGCCAUUUGAUGAUUUACGAUUUAAACUAUGAAAUUGAACCUGUUAAAUCUUCCUCUACAUUUCAACAUGUUAUUUAUCAAAUGGCAGCUGAUGAAGAUUCACCUGAUCGAUGUGGAGUAACUGAUGAAGAUAUCAAAGAUCAAGCCGCUAAAGGCAGAGAACAUCAAAUAUCUAUGGUUCAGAUGGAGAGACAACUUGAAGUAAAUAAAGAUGAACUAGACACUUUGUACACGUCUACCAGAUAUUUAGAGUGUUAUUUUGCUGCAGACAAAGCAAAGUUUCUCUCUGAAGAGUCCAAUGAAACUUUGUUGACAUUGAAGAUGGUUCAAUAUAUCCAUUUGACAAGUGAGAUGUACCGUCCAUUUGGUCUUCAUGUUGUUCUUAUUGGAUUAGAGCUUUGGACAGAAAGGGAUCUCAUUACAAUUACACACCGUUUGGGUGACAGUCUUGAAUUUUAUUCAGCCUAUGCUGAAAAGUUCCUUAUGGGCCGUGUACGUUUCGACCACACAGAAUUAAUUUUGGGUGGAAUAUAUCGAUCGGCUCUUGGAUUUUCAUAUGGAGACUAUCUGUGCACUAAAAUUCCCUCAGUAGCUAUUGUCAAUGUAUGUGAAAUAUAGUCCAUAGCAAGAAGUAAAUCAGCACUCUUUGAUGCAACCACUAUUGCACAUGAGAUGGGCCAUUCUCUUGGCUUCUCUCAUGAUAAUCAGAAGCCAAAUACAGCUAGAGGUUGUGUUUGCAAAUGCCCCAAAAGAGGAAAAUGUGUCAUGUGGUCAUUUAGCCCGCGGUACAUAUGCACAGAGUUCAGUAACUGCUCCAGAGCAGUCUAUUUCAACAUGAUAAGAAAACCAGGAAAAACUUGCCUUCUUAACAUACCAGAAAAGAAAAUAUUUGGAACACAGGUGUGCGGUAAUGGUGUAAUAGAAGAUGAGGAGGAAUGUGACUGUGGUAUGGAUGAGGUGUGCCUACGGAGUGGUUGUUGCCUAUCCAAUUGUACAAUAAAACAAGGUGCUGCUUGUGUUUCUGGACUUUGCUGCAAAAACUGUCAGUUGCAUAGACAAGGGAAAAUAUGCAGAGAAAGUAUUGGUGAGUGUGACCUUCCUGAGUACUGCAAUGGGACUUCAAGCUGGUGCCCAGAGGAUGUAUUUAAGCAGGAUGGAACUCCAUGCGGUGACAAAGACUGUUGUUUCCAAGGGAGAUGCCGUAACCACGAGAGACAGUGCAAAGCUGUAUUUGGCAAAGCAGCACAUCUGGCCCCACUGAGUUGUUUCAAAGCAGUGAAUACUGAAGGUGACCGGUGUGGCAACUGCGGUGGGGAUGGACUUACUUACAAUAAAUGUGAAGAGAAAGAUGUCUUGUGUGGAAGACUGCAGUGUGUUAAUGUUAAAAAAAUACCUCAAAUGAAAAGUCUUGGGUCCAUAGUUCAAACUCCAGUUGAUGAUAUCUUGUGUUGGGGUACAGAAUUUCAUGCUGGGAGGGACAUGGUGGAUGUUGGCUCAGUGAGAGAUGGCACAGCAUGUGGUGAUAACAAGAUAUGUAUAAACAGGACAUGUGUCAAUAUAAAAAUUCUGGAUUACGACUGUAAUUACACAAAAUGCAGUAACAGAGGGCUGUGCAACAGUAAGAAAAACUGCCAUUGUGAUUUUGGUUGGGCCCCUCCAGAUUGUAAAUUAAAAGGCUUUGGAGGAAGUGUUGACAGUGGGCCCCCUCCGACUGCCAGUAUGUCCAGUAGUGACAUUGUCAUUAUGGGAAUAGCAAUAGGAAGCAUCCUUCUUCUUCUUCUGGUUCUCAGCUUUGCUGUGCAUAAAAGAGCUCAAAUUGCUCGGGUCUUUAGCAGGUCCUCCAGAAAAAGACAGGCAACACAAGGUGAUUCUGGUGCUGCAGACACAACACCCGAGGACACCAUCCAGGAGAUCUUGCUGGACGCCGCCAAGAUUGAUGCCUCCCUGCUGAGAGCCAGCAACGAGCUGGUCUACAUCGCCCACAGGCACGGCGGCGCCAACGUCCCCUGCAUGGGUGACCUGUGCGACGUUGCAGUGAUCACCCACGCCUUCUGCCUGCUGACGUGUCCCGACGCCACGGUAAGGAACAUCGCGGUGAACGUCCUGCGUGAUGUGACAGAGAAGCGGAUCAGCAGACGACAACACCAUCGUCACCCCGAGCGCCGGGGCGUGCUGGAGAGGACUCUGAAGGUCGCCAUCCACUCGCUGUACAUGGAAAGCCUGAAGCGUAAACUGGACCAGG